UUCUGCCCCACGGGGCUGCGGCGGGAGCACCGCUCCGGGGACUAGUGCCCGGCGGCUCCUGGGCGCGGCCGGCGAAGUUCGAGGGCGUUUCCCGGCCGGGCGGCGGGGGCGGGCGGCGCUGGGGCGCGGGGCCGCCCCUGCCUGGCGCCCUCCUCCGAGAGCGGCCGGGUCUCGCCAUGCCCACGGAGGCGGCGCUGCGGGGGAGGCCGUGGACCCCGGCCGCCCUCCUCCCUGGUGGGGCCGUGAUCCCGGCGGGAACCGCCGUCUGCCUCGUCCCGGGGAGUCCUGUGGGAGGCGGGAAGGGCCGGCGGUGCUGGGAGAAGCUGGAGUGAGGCGCGUUCUUCAGACCGGCAUCCUUUGGGAUAGGGCCGCGUUGUUGGCACCUGGGUUUGGUCGGGGUCAGUUCCUGGUGGUGCCUUCCGUUUAUUGUUACAGCCUUGCAGCCCCAUCCUUUUUCACCCUCAGUUUUUUUUUUCUUCAUCCGUAUCGCAGCUCCUGGGGCUGUCGGUUUCCCAGACGUGCUUAUUCCGCUCUGGAUUUAGUGCAGAGCACUAGCAGAGGGAGUUGACCCGCUGCUUAUUUGCCUGUUUCAUCACCUGCCACCCAGGUAAUCUGAUCCCAAGAAAAUUACUGGACUAAGGGCAUGGGGAUCUGAAGACCUCUGUUUCUUCUAGGAGAGGUGAAGAAGCUAGAAAUAGUAACAUUUAAAAUCUGUGGAGAAAUUAUUCUGCAAAAAGCAUGCGCUUAGUGAUGCUAUGGAAUGAAAGGGUGUUCAUUUGCAGAUGAAGAAAACGAUCAGCUGGAAGGGGCUAAUGGUCAGGCAUGACCUUUCUUUCUCAAAGCUGAUGUGUGGAGUGAUUUAGCUUUAGGACGUUUUCCCUAUAAUUUUCAUACAAUUUUGUGAUUAUAAGAAUUCUCACCUUGGUUUAAACAGAAGGUGAUAAAAUAAGAAAGAGAGAUGGGAAACCCAGAAAACAUUGGAGAUGCAUAUGUUGCUGUGAUUCGUCCAAAAAACACUGCUAGCCUCAAUUCUCGGGAAUAUCGAGCUAAAUCCUAUGAAAUUUUGUUGCUUGAAGUUCCCAUUGAAGGCCAAAAGAAAAAAAGAAAGAAAGUUUUGCUGGAAACUAAACUUCGAGGAGGCACUGAGAUAACCCAGAGCAUCUUGGAUUAUGUAUUAGAAGCCACCAAACCAAUUUCACCAGCCAAUCAGGGUAUUAAAGGAAAGCGUGUAGUGUUAAUGAAGAAGUUUCCUCUAGAUGGAGAGAAGGCAGGCCAGGAGGCAUCUCUUUACGUUGUUCCAACUGUUGUGAAAGAUAAUACGAAAUAUACAUACAGUCCUGGAUGCCCCGUGUUCUACUGUUUACAAGACAUCAUGAGAGUCUGCAGUGAAUCCAGCACCCAUUUUGCUACGCUGACUGCAAAAAUGUUAAUUGCCUUGGAUAAGUGGUUGGAUGAACGGCACACCCAGUCUCACUCCAUCCCAGCUUUAUUCAGGCCGUCUCCUCUUGAGAGAAUUAAAACAAAUGUAAUAAACCCCGCCUAUGCUAUAGAACCUGGCCAAACAGAAAGCUCAUUACACAUGGGUUAUACUGCCCUGGAAAUAAAGAGUAAAAUGCUGGCAUUGGAGAAAGCAGAUAUGUGUAUCUAUAAUCCUUUAUUUGGAUCAGACCUUCAGUAUACCAACAGGGUUGACAAGGUGGUAAUAAAUCCAUACUUUGGCCUUGGAGCCCCAGACUAUUCAAAGAUUCAGAUUCCUAAAAGAGAAAAGUGGCAACGUAGCAUGAGCAGUGUCACAGAGGACAAGGAACACCAGUGGGUAGAUGAUUUCCCUCUUCACCGCAGUGCUUGUGAAGGCGACUCUGAUUUACUAAGCCACCUUCUGGAUAAAAAGUUCUCUGUUAAUCAGUUAGAUAGUGACCAUUGGGCACCAAUCCAUUAUGCGUGCUGGUAUGGAAAAGUUGAAGCCACUCGAAUGCUGUUGGAGAAAGGGAAAUGCAAUCCAAACCUUUUGAAUGGCCAACUUAGUUCUCCUCUUCAUUUUGCUGCUGGAGGUGGCCAUGCUGAAAUAGUACAAAUUCUACUAAAUCAUCCAGAAAUUGACAGACACAUUACUGAUCAACAAGGAAGAUCUCCACUGAAUGUCUGUGAAGAGAACAAACAAAAUGAGUGGGAAGAAGCUGCAAAACUACUGAAGGAAGCCAUAAAUAAACCUUAUGAAAAGGCGCGAAUUUACCGUAUGGAUGGAUCAUAUCGUUCUGUCGAGUUGAAACAUGGAAACAAUACCACUGUGCAGCAAAUAAUGGAGGGCAUGCGCUUGUCUCAAGAAACUCAGCAGUACUUCACUAUCUGGAUCUGUUCUGAGAACCUCAGCCUCCAGCUGAAGCCAUAUCACAAGCCUUUGCAACAUAUUCGAGACUGGCCUGAAAUAUUCACUGAACUGACAAACUUGGAUCCUCAAAGGGAAACUUCACAGCUUUUCCUGAGAAGGGAUGUGAGACUUCCACUGGAAAUAGAAAAAAAGAUUGAGGAUCCAUUAGCUAUUCUUAUUCUUUUUGAUGAAGCCAGAUAUAAUUUACUGAAAGGUUUUUAUACAUCACCUGAUGCCAAGUUGAUCACCCUGGCAAGUCUGCUUCUACAAAUAGUCUAUGGAAAUUAUGAGAGCAAGAAACAUAAACAGGGCUUUCUAAAUGAAGAAAAUCUUAAAUCUAUCGUACCAAUCACUAAACUAAAAAGUAAAGCUCCUCAUUGGACAAACAGGAUACUUCAUGAAUACAAGAAUCUGAGCACCAGUGAAGGUGUCAGUAAGGAGAUGCAUCACCUUCAGCGCAUGUUCUUGCAGAAUUGCUGGGAAAUUCCUACUUAUGGAGCAGCUUUUUUCACAGGACAGAUAUUCACCAAAGCAAGUUCAAGUAGCCAUAAAGUCAUCAAAGUGUAUGUAGGAGUAAAUGUAAAAGGGCUGCACCUCCUCAAUAUGGAAACAAAGGCUUUACUUCUCAGUCUAAAGUACGGUUGCUUUAUGUGGCAGUUGGGAGAUGGAGAUACAUGUUUCCAAAUCCACAGUCUGGAAAACAAAAUGAGCUUUAUUGUGCAUACCAAACAGGCAGGUCUCGUCGUUAAACUUCUGAUGAAAUUAAAUGGCCAGUUAAUGCCAGCUGAAAGAAAUGAAUGAUCGAAGGGAACAAUAGUUACAAAGUGGCAUCUGACAGCUAAGCAAAAAACAACUUGUGUCUCAUCGUAACAGAAGACUUCCAUGUACAUGAGUUUUACACAAUAGAAAAGUCGAUUUGUACAGUUUUUUAACUUUGUACAGAAGCUGCAUGGUUUAUUUUUUUAAAAAACUCUACAACAUAUCUAUUAUUUUUAUAAAUAUUUUUGUGUUUCAUAUAUAAACUAUUGUAGGGCUUGAGCUUAACCAGUGAAGCUAAUGAAAUGUAAGUGGUUUACCGAGUUGGACGAGUAUGAAUCCUGUAAAGCUUUUGUUCCCAGAGGACUAUGGGACUAUCAGUGCCAUUAAGCAAGCGUCAGUUAACCUAUUUACCUUUCAUGUCAUUCUGUGGAACAUCAAGGAAGUAUGGUAUAUGUUACAGUAUUUUGUAGACACACUUAAUUUCUAAGAUAUGUGGAUAAAUAUGCUUAAAAGACCAGUUAGACCUUUGAGCAAGUACUUUUGAUAAACUCUUGGUUUUUGUUUGGUUUCUGACAAACAUUUUUGCUUGCUUUAUUUUUACUCUUAACUUUCUCAUACUUUGUAUUCAUAUUUAUUCUAAAAUGUUGCAUGAGGAUGCCAAAAGGGAAAUACUCUAAAUCAUUCAGAAGCCAUAUUGAAUGUUUAGCAUGCUUGUUUUUUAAAAUGGAUUUUUACUUUUACUGUGCAAUAUAAAAUGUGUAUAUGGAGGAGAGGGAGAUACGGAUUUACAAAUGAACCUUACUCAGAGGACUUCAGAAAGUUUAAAUAAAUCCUACCCUGGAUUGCAACACAUAUGCAGUAACAAAAACUCAUAUAGGAGGUACUAAGUUAUUUCUGUUAAACUAAUUUUCCUACUGAUUGCGUACUUCAGUUUCUUGAGGCUGUGAGCAGUGCAGGAUGCAGGAAUGAAGAUUUAUAUUGCAAGGAAGCCAGAUACAGUUUUAAGUAUUCUGCCUGCUCUUUGUAGAGUCAGGACUGGGGCUCAACAUGUUGGGUCCCAAGUGUAAGGUGGGAUUCUAUGCAGUCUGAAACAUAUCCUUGUACAUUAAAAUAGAAUCCGUAACACAAAUCGUUAAAGUUUCUGGUUGUAUUUCAGGGUUUUAAGUGCACUUGACUAUUUCUUCCAUGUAAACUGCAUGCUAAAAUAGUGUGCAAUAUUUUGUAAAAAAAUUUUUUUUUAAAAAUAAAAAUUAGCACUUGCCUCUCAGUUUUGAAAUAAAAGUUAAAAUGAAUGUGAAGAACUGUGCUAUUGUAUAGUAACUUUACUCUUACCUUACUACUAGUAAGUGCAGUUUAAGAAAUUAAAGUAGUAAGCCGUUAAAAAGGUGAACAGGAGACUUAUAUUUUGUAUUCUUCUUAGCAAGCUAUACUUUUCUACUUAAAAUUCACUGGCCUAAAUAACAGUAAAUCUUCAUGGAUUGUUAUAUUUUAUUUAAGGUAAAUAAUGCAACAGUCGGAUCCUUCAUAGUGCAUCCCUGCUAUCACUUGGCACUGGUAUCAGAAAUACAUUUCUCUACAUAGCACUUUCUUAGAAAACUAGAGGAAAAUGUUAAGAUGGUGUGUCAGUUGCCUAUUUAACAAUACAAUUAAUAUGCCUUAUUUCUGUAUAGUCCUUUCUGCUACAUUCGUAUUUAUUACUACCUAAUAAAUUGUUUGCAACAAGUCA